AAGCUCAUGCAUUCGGUACUGUCGCGACAUUGAUUGGAAUGCGACCAGGUUAUAAAUUAGAAGUUCAAAUACUGAAACAUGGUCAUAAACAAAAAGAAUAUAAGAAUACAAUUAGCAAGACACUUGUUGAUGCCUUUAAACACAGUGCAAUACAACAAGCUAUUCCAAAUCAAAAUCAGCAUGAAUUAGAUAAAUUGAUCUCACAGUUUUCUGAAGUCUGUAGUAUUGUAGCAACGGUAUUAAUUGGAUCAGAGACACUGAAACCUGGUAAAAACUUUAUUGGUGUAAACCUGGAUACUCUAAUCAUGAAUUUGGUUAAAGGAGCUAUCUACGACACACCUCUCGCUUCUCGUGGUGUACUGAGUGGAUUAUUGGCUACAGCUGGUGGAGGCAUCGAAGCACUGACAGGUUUAAUUACAGCAGCAGGCGGAGGAGUUGAAGGAUUAGCUAAACUGCUAGCAACAAUUUCCAAUCCUUCAGAAGCUAUUGGAGAAAUACUUCGAAGUCUUAAUGAUGAUCCAGUGAAAGCUUUGAAAGAGUUUUCAAAGGCUAUGGGUGGAGGCAUUGAUGGGAUAAAGAAUAUUCUAAGUGCAUUAGGUGAAGAUAGCAAGAAAGGCUUCCAAGAACUUGUUAAACAAAUUGGUGGUGGUGCUGAAGGUUUGAAAAAUCUUUUCGAAGCAACUGGAGGCAUUAAAGCAUUGAUGGAAGGUUUGUUUGGUGAAGGUGCAGAAGGGCUUGCUGGGCUAAUAGCAGCUGCUGGUGAGGAUGUAGAAGGUCUUAAAAAUCUCAUCGAAGCUGCUGGUGGUGGAAUUAAAGGACUUCAAAAUCUUAUUGCAUUAGGUGGUGAUCAGGUCAAUGGGUUGAAAAAUCUUCUCACUGCUAUUGGUGGUGAUAAUGUAGCUGAUGCCCUAUCAACUCUGAUCGCUGCUGCUGGUGGUGCAAAAGAUGGACUAGCGGCACUAUUACAAGAAUCCGGUGGAGGUGCCAAAGGUUUAGAGAAUUUAAUUGCAGCUGUCGGUGGUGGCGUUGACGGGUUGAAAAGCCUUUUGAAAGCAACUGGCGAUGAUCCAACAGAAGCGUUGGCCAACAUUUUGCUAGCAGCUGGAGGAGGCGUGGAAGGUUUUCAAAAUCUUUUGAAGGCUGUAGGUGGUCAAGAUAGUGUUGAAGGGCUUAAAAAUCUGUUGGGUGUUAUGGGAGAUAAUCCCAAUGAGGCAUUGACCAAUAUCUUAAAAGCUGCAGGUGGAGGUGCUGAAGCUUUGAAAAAUCUACUUCAAACAAUUGGUAAUGGUAUUAAUGGCCCUGCUGAUGGCUUGCAAACGCUACUUCAGGCUCUAGGUGGUGAUCCUGUAGAAGCAUUGGCCAAUCUCAUAGCUUCCGUUGGUGGUGGUGAAGAAGGUUUGAAGAGUCUUAUAGAAGCUGCUGGUGAUGAUGUAGUCGGUGGUUUAACUAAUCUUCUCAACUCAUUAGGUGGUUCUACUAAAGAAGCCUUAGAAGCAUUACUGACUGCUUCAGGUGGAGGAAUAGACGGUUUACAGAAAUUGGUAGCAGCAGCUGGCGGAGGAGCUGAUGGCCUAAGAAAUAUACUUGAAGCUACUGGAGGUGGUGCUGAGGGAUUGAAAAAUUUGUUAUCUUCGCUUGGAGGUGAACCGACGGAAGUCUUGAGAACAUUACUGACAAAUAUCGAUGGGGGUUUAGCAAAUCUUAUCGCAGCUGCUGGUGGUGGAGCAUUAGGCCUUAAAAAUCUACUGAAUGCAGUAGGAGGUGGUGCAGAGGGAUUGAUAAGCCUAUUAACUGCAAUGGAUGGUGAUAUCAAUGAAGCCUUAAUCAACUUAUUGAAUACAACAGGUGAUCAAAAAUCAGAUUUAAAGAAUUUAAUUGAAGCAUUAGGCGGUGGUGCUGAAGGCUUUGAAAAUCUACUGAAAGUUAUCGGUGAUAAAAUGCCUAUUGAAGAACUAUUGAAGACACUGGGAGGUGGAGUUGAAGGCCUCGCGACUCUACUGAAUUCAAUCGAUGGGAAUAAAGAUGCAGUAAUACAAAUGUUAAUAAAUUCUUCUGGUGGAGGUGCAAAAGGCUUGGCCAACUUACUGAAGACUGCUGGAGGUGGUGUUGAUGCUAUCAAAGAAAUUCUUAAUUCACUAGGCGGGGGUCAUCAAGCAUUAGCAAAACUGCUAGCAAGUUGUGGUGGUGAUAAUCCAGCCGAAGCGUUAAAAGUUCUGCUGGAAAUGUUAGGUGGAGAUGAAAAUGCCCUGAAAAAUUUAUUAGCUGCAAGUGGACUUGAUCCAAACGAUCCAAAUUCUUUAAAGCUACUUUUGGAAGCUUUAGGUGGAGCAGAGACAGGUUUAACAACAUUAGUGAAUGCCUUGGGUGGAGGUGAUGCAGGUUUAAAGAAACUCUUAGAAUCACUUGGUGACGACGGGAUUGUUACUCUUAUUGCAGCCGCUGGUGGAGGUGAGCAUGGAACAGGAGCUUUAAUUAGAGCAAUCGGUGGUAGAGGAAUCGAUGGUUUGACGGCUUUAUUAAAUCUUCUCGGUGGAGGUGAAAAUGGUCUUGCUGUAUUGAUUGGAGCCGCUGGAGGUGGACAGUCCGGCUUAGCUGCAUUGCUUAAGGCAGCUGGUCAGUUUGCUGAGGAUGGAGAUGGUCUUUCUGCGCUUAUAGCAGCUGCAGGAGGUGGUGCUGAAGGCUUGGAAGCAUUAAUUAAUGCAGCUGGUGGUGAAGAGGUUGGAUUAGAACAGUUAUUAUUGGCUGCAGGUGCUACAGACGCCAAUUCAAAAUCGAACAUUUUAAAACGUCUUAUUGAAUCAGGAGGUGGAGGUCAGGAAGGCUUUAAUAACCUGUUAAAAGUUAUUUCUCGUGGAAAACGUGAUAGAACGAUAAAUGGACUUAGCGGUCUGCUUAAAGUUCUUGGAAAUAAUCCAGAAUCGUUAGAAAUACUUCUAGGAGCUUUCGGUGGUAAUUCAGACGGGUUGGCUGAUUUGCUGGCAGCUGCAGGAGGCGGAGCGGAGGCUUUACAGUUGUUGAUCAAUGCAGCUGGAGGUGGAGCUGAGGGGCUAUCAAAAUUACUGGCUGCAGCUAAACUGGAUGGUGUUGGACAGUUGGCUGAUAUUUUAGCCGCUGCAGGAUUAAGUGAUGACGUGGUUGCAGCGGCAAGGGCUGGUGAUAUAACGGCGCUUACAGAUGUUGUAGCUCGUAAUGCGGCAAAAGAAUAUAAUGUCAGAAUGACUGGUGGUCGACCAAAAGAACUUUGCCGAGAAGAGAAAGAAUGGCUUCGUACACGUCCAACAGGUCCUAUACGUUUUAUCCAGAAAAUUAUAACUGCCAAAAGGAAUUAUAAAAAAUGGAAACGGAUUACUGAAACGUCUUCAUUGGCACAACAGGAACUUGAUUUGACUAUUUAUCCAGCAUUUUCUCAAUCGACAAUAGAAACCCCUUUGCAUAAUCUCUACCCUUAUCAUUACAAUAUUCAAGAUAAACUGAAUAGAUUUGCAUCUCGGCUGAAUUCAGGCAUAUUUGAAACACUGACAACAAAAAUUCAACAAUUAGACACACUGAUUGACUACAACUCUAAAGAAACAGAUCUUUUCUAUGAAAAUCAAUUUGUCGAAGAACAGCGUAUUAUCCGGCAAGAAGCAGAAGCAGAAGAAGAAGAACAGCGGCAAAGAUCUGAUUCAUCUGGAAAACCCACAAUGAUGAUGACUAAAGACGAAGAACGUCAGCGGCAAGAGAAAAUUUUAUUAGAAAAUAAAAAAUUAGUUGAAUCAUUCGAUGAAUAUGUAAAUAUGCGUAAAAGACUGAGAGAUGAAGAAAUGAUGAUGGAGAAUUACAAAAUUGAUUUCUCAGAAAUAAAGAAAGGUCAACAUCAUCUGCCUACAUAUGAAGUCAGUGAAGUCGAACAGAUCAUGGACACUUUGAAUUCAGAUGAGUUCAGUACUGAAGAAACAGCAGACGACAUACAAGGUGAAGACGGAGAGAUCGGGCAAGAAGGAGAAGAACAAGUAGAGACACAUGAAGAAAUAACUACCCGCUCUAAUGUAUAUUCAAGAAUUCUAGUCUUACACGAUUUAAUGCGUGAACACAUAGGUCUCAAACGAGAUGCUAAGAUUACGCCCGCUUUUGUAUGGUCAUAUUUCGAAUUAUUAAAACAAAUGAAGAGGCAGGUUCAACCAUCAGCCGUCUUAGAUCAAGUUGGCGAAGACAGUACAAAUUCAUCAAUUAAUAUCACAGUUUAAUAAAAUUUAUCAACUGCGGAUAACUAUAAUGAUGAAGAAUAAAUUGAAACUUGAACUAUGUGACAUUUUUUAAAUAUUAUGAAUAUAUGAAUUAUUUUUCACUAAUGAGGUCAAGUUACUAUUUUCUUUAAAUAGUUGUUCGCGGUAUUUGUUUCACUCCUUUUUAAACAG